AUGAAGGGAAGAGCAUCCGCAAGGUCGACCCGCAAAGUGUCAAAUGAAGGGUCCACUCGGACUCAGCUGCGGGUUUCUCCUCCACAAAGCACCGAAGAAUUAGCCGAAACCACAAAGCUUUUUGCUUUCUUCUUCUGGAAAUCACUUUCGGUGCUUCUGCUCCUGCUCCUCCUUACACCGCAACGAGCAUCCUCACAGAGAUCCACGCCGGCGAGGAUGGAACAGCCACAACAUCCCUUGAUCCAAUGGUUCUGCAUCGUCGGAAUCCAACUGCAUCCCGACUUGUAUCUGCACAAUGACCCUCUGACAGGCCUGUCCUUCUACACCUCCUCACCCUUGCCUCGCGAUACCACCGUCAUUCGAGUCCCUUCCGAGCUAUGCAUCACCUCCACAUCGGCCUUUGAUCAAAUCCAACAGCUCGCUCGCAGCUUGGGAUCGGGUCUGCAGCUGGAGUACGAGGCGCUACCCAGCGCGGACUGGAUUCUUCUGUAUCUGGUCCUUAGCCGUAUUGCACUAGAGUACCUUUCUUCGGCGAAGGAUGAAGCGUUGGAAAAAGUGUUUGCACACCUCCCGUAUGUCGAGCAUAUACCUCGAGUGAUCGAGACUCCGCUGCACUUCUCGAGCGCUGAGCUGGCUUUGCUCUCCAACACGCCGCUCGUUGGAUCCACCGAACGUCGCUUACUCGAAACGAUAAAGGACUACACUCGAGCAACUACUCUGUUACUCCCGCAUCUCUCCCCUUCCCACUCCUCAUUCUCGAGACAUCUCUGCAGCGUGUUCGCUUCCAUCGAUCCAGAAGCCCUGCAGGCCGAUUCGUUGAUGCAACAUACCUACCACCAAGCACUCGAACUAUGGCGCUGGUCGGAAUCAGCCUUCACCUCGCGUUCCUUCCCACCUCGUCUCAUCAACGUCCAGGAUCCAACACCCAUCCUCAUCCCCGGCUACGAUACAUUCAACCACUCGCGCGCGAAACCCGUGACUUGGUCUCACACUCCGACCGAAGAAAAAGGAAUGGUGGAGAUGACGUUGAACUACGAGGUGGAAGGAGCAACGCAGGUGUGGAACAACUACGGCGGGAAGAGCAACGAGGAGUUCCUGAGCGGGUAUGGGUUUACCGUGGAAGGUGGAGAGGAAGAUACGCUGGCAUUGAAGGUCGGGGGUAGUGGCGAGCAUGGUAGGACGCACUAUUGGGUGUUGCACGCACCAGAAUCGGACACAGAAGCCGCGGAAGGAGGGUUCGUAAAAGCUUCCUGUCCAUGUCCAAGUCUACUCGACGAACUCGAGCACGUAGUACGGCAAGACGAUGCUCCAGCAAGGGAAGACGAGGUGGAAGUGUACGGUCAAGUGCUGGAGCUGCUCGAAUCGCUCCUCCUCGCCAAACGAAAGGCCUUCCGCAUCAGCCAAAAACACUUUGAAUCGAUACCGACCCCCACCUACAAGUCUCUCAACCAACUCCCAAGUUGCCCCAGGAUCGAACCCGAAUCACCAGAGACUUCCAUCAGACCUUCGCUAUGGCUCAACGUAAAACGCUACAGAGACGGACAAAUGACGCUCUUGAACAGCGCCGUACAGUGGACAAGGUCGGAGUUGGAGCACGUUACGGAUUGGCUCGAUACGCAGGACGAGCAACGGUAG